AUGUCGACUCCGAUAAAGUCUGUAACUCUAUCAUAAGUAAGCUCUAAUUAAAACCUCAACCAAUCUCCAACAACUUCUCCACCUUAAUUGGCAUAACCUGAAAAACUAGAUCCAAACUAUUAAACUAAUUAGUAAUUCCCUCCUACACAUUAUAGCACUUAAAAUAGCUAACAAAGCUAGUUAAUCUAAAUGUAACAAGUUCAAUAUGAUGAUAAUUUAAAAUAAAAUAAAAAUGAUUUUGUGAGCAACAAAGAGUAAAAUUUCAACGAAAAUAAAUAGAAUAAAUAAUAAUAGCAAUUAUAAAAUAAUAUUUAAAUUAACCACACAUAAAAUAUUCCAAAUUCAAAUUAAUUUAUUGUGAGCAAUUAAGAGUUAAAUCUAAACGAAAAUAAAUAGAAUAAAUAAUAAUAAUAAUAAAAUUAAAGUAAUAUUUAAAAUAGCAACAUAUAACAAGUUCCAAAUACAAAUCAGACUUCUUCACCUGAGAGAUAACAAAUCUAAUAAGAUAAAAAAAUUUAAUAGGAAUUAAUAGGUCUAAAGCAAGAAUAGAUUAAUAUGCUAGAAUCUCAAAAAUCUGCAGUUGCAUAAGAGAAAGAAAAGUUAUAAUUAAGAAAUAGCUAAUUAGAGAAAGAGAAAAAAUAAUAAAUUUAAGAAAUUAACAUUUUAAGUGAGUAACUUCGCUCAAAGACUAACACUCAAACUCAACAAACAAUCUUAGAGGAAUCUAUUCGUAGAAAAACAAACCAACUAUAAUAAAUAAAUUAAUAAAUUGAAAUUCAAAAUGAUAAAUAAAAAUAAUUAGAAAAUAAAUCUCAGUAAGAAAAUUAAGAAUAAAUUGAAAAAUUAAAGCAAUAUGAACAAAAAAUAAAAGAAUUAGAAGAAAAAUUAAAACAAAAAGAGUUGGAAUCUUAAUCAGCUUCAAAAUAAAAUAGCUAGAUAAAAUAGACUAACGAAUAGUAAAGUCUAGUAUAAAGUAUCCCAAAACCACCUAUGUUUAUACCUCCUCCACCGCCUCCUUUAAAUAUUAAUAUUCCUUCAGCACCUCCAUUGAUUCCAUCUAUUCCAGGUGCUCCUAUACCUCCUGCUAUAGGACUACCAGUUCCCCCUCCUUUAGGACUCCCUUUUCCACCUCCAUUAUCAAUGUAAAUAGUGUAACCAAAAUCAAAAACUAAACCUCUCUACUGCGAUCCUGUAGAAUAAAUUUAAAACACAUUGUGGGCUGAUGUGAAAGAAAUACAAACUAUAAAAUUUGAAGACUUAGAAGAAAAAUUUUCAAAAGAAAAUAAUUAAAAUUAGCUUAAAAAGUAGAUGACAGAAAAAACUCCCUCUUAAAAAUAUUUAGAAAUUAUUAACAAAAAUUAGGCUUAAGGGUAAUUUAAUAAUAAAAAAAAAUCAUUAUUUAAGCCAGAAAAAGAAGGAAAUUUAAAUAUCGAGUUUAAAUAAUUUUUAAAGAAAGGUUCAGUAGAUGAACUUAUACAGGGAUUUUAAAAGCUAAAUGAAAAUUUAAUAACAGAAGAGGAUUGUUAAAAAAUCCUCAAACUUUUAAAUAAUUAAGAAGAUAUUAGGAAUUUUGAAGAAUUCUAAGGAGAUCGUUCAACAAUUGAUAACCUUUCACAAUUUGUGUUAGGAGUAUUAGGAAUAGGUAAUAUUCGCCACAGGUUGAUCUAUUUUAUUUUUAAAAAAGAAUUUUAACAAAGAUAUUAAGAAUCACUAGAGCAUUUAAACUAAUUGUUAAAAACUUCUAAUGCUGUUUUACAAAGUAACUCGAUAAAAGCUUUUCUUUUCUAAGCUUUGGAAUUAAGUAAAGAAAUGAACAAAGGAGGCCCGAAAGAAAAUAUCAAAGGUUUAAAAUUAUAAACGAUAAUAGAUUUAAAAUAGCAAAAAAGUACUGACAAAAGCACAGAUAUUUUACAAUACCUUGUCACUAAAACAUACCAUUAAAAACCAGAAUAUCUCAGCUUUGUUGAUGAACUUUCGCCUUUACUAAAUCAGACUAAAAAUUAUGAUAUUUAAGAGGAAACUAAUUAAGCGAAGUAAAUGAUUGAUAAAUUUACAAAACUUGGUAUUAAAUUAAAAGAAUUAACAAAUGAUGAAAACAUAGAUGCAGAUUUCUACAAUUUUUUCUAACCAUUUUACUAAUAAAACCAUGAAAAAAUAGUUGAACUCGAGCAGGUACUCUCUCAAACAAAAUCUUAGCAUUAAAAGUGUUUAGAGCGUUUUGGUGAAACUAACGAUAAAUAAAAAUCUAAUGAAUUUUACAAAACAAUGCUAGCAAUAUGUGAAAUGGUUAAAAAUGAAAUACCUAAUAAAAUUUAUAAAUCUUUAAGGCAAAGUUGA